AUGGCCAAGUCUGGUGCAUUCUUCCUAGCGGUUUCAUGGACAAUCUUGAUAUAUGGAUUUUUUUUUGAGGGUUUGGUAUAUGGAUUUCAACCCCUUCAAGCUCAAAAAAUACAUAGUAUUCCUCAAAAUAAUACCAAUUCCAAAACUCAGACCCUUAAUGCAAUUGAUUCUUGUUGGAGAUCAAACCCAAAAUGGGAUUCAAAUCGCCAAGCUUUGGCUAAUUGUGCUAAAGGUUUUGGAAGUGAUGCCCUUGGAGGGAAGAAUGGUAGGAUAUAUGUUGUCACCGACCCCUCUGAUGACCCUAUAAAUCCCAAGCCAGGUACACUCAGAUUUGGUGCGAUCCAAUAUGAACCGUUAUGGAUCAUUUUUCAAAGAGACAUGGUCCUUAAGCUGGAGAACGAGCUGAUAAUGAAUAGUUACAAGACUAUAGAUGGAAGAGGAGUCAAAGUUGAGAUUGCAAAUGGACCGUGCAUCACAAUUCAAAAUGUGAGCCAUGUUAUUAUUCAUGGGAUUAGCAUCCAUAGCUGCACGGUAGGGAAACGGGGGCUGGUUCGAAGCACCCCAGAUCACGUCGGCCUCAGAUUGGGUUCUGAUGGAGAUGCAAUUACUGUAUUCACAUCUUCUCAUGUUUGGAUUGAUCACAACUAUUUAGCUAAUUGUGCGGACGGCCUCGUGGAUGUAGUCAGUGGUUCGACAUCUGUGACUAUCUCCAACAAUUACUACACUCAGCAUGAGGAGGUGAUGCUUUUUGGACAUCGAGAUGGCAAUAUUGAGGACCAAAUUAUGAAGGUGACCGUUGUAUUUAACCAUUUUGGUUAUGGAUUAGUUCAAAGAAUUCCAAGGGUUAGGGUCGGCUAUGCUCAUGUAGCAAACAAUUUCUACGAGCCGUGGCUUUUCUACGCAAUUGGUGGAAGCUCAAAUCCAACAAUACUUAGCGAGGGGAAUUACUUUAUAGCUCCAAACCGUACUGAUACCAAACAAGUUACCAGGAGAGACAAUGCUGGUGGUCCGAACAAUUGGAAGAAUUGGAAUUGGAGAUCCCUCGACGAUGUGUUUGUGAAUGGGGCUUAUUUUGUUCAGUCUGGAAAUGGAAGCUGCUACCCUAAUUAUAAUGGAUCUCAAGUAUUUACUGUGGCUUCAGGAGAUUUGGUUCCUUCUUUGACAUCGGAUGCAGGUCCCCUCAAAUGCUAUCCUGGAGUUGCGUGCUGA